UUCCGAGAUAACAUUCACCCUGAAUGUAACAGUUAAAUCUAACAGCUCGAUCUAUUCAACCAACAGUAUUAAGUUGACAGUAAAAAAUUCACAAUUACAAGUCAUUAUUCGAGGUGGCUCAGAGAGAAGUAUAGGCGUGGGUGAGGCAGUUGUGCUGAACGGAAGCCUCUCUAACGAUCCAGAUCGUGUUGUGGCACCUGGUGUAACUGAAAAAUAUUCAUGGCAUUGUACUUGGACAAGGCUUGAAAUGAGCCAGCCUAACCCAUGCUAUAUCAAAGGAAUAUUAUUCCUGGAUUUACCAAAUAUUACGAGUUCUGAAUUGGAACUUGCUGCAGAUAGUCUCAUAUUAUCUUACACCUAUAAUUUUACUUUAACCAUGACAAAGGGUCAAAGGAAGUCGUCUGCUUCUGUUCAAAUAGUUACUGUUCCAGACCCACCACCUCAAGUAUUGUUUGAACCUGCACCAACUAAAGUUUUAACAAGUCAUUCCUUAAAACUAACAGUCUAUAUCACCUCAACAACCAAUUUCUCUAUUGAGUGGCGCGUAGACAAUUCCAAUCUUUCAGAUUAUGGUUAUUUCGACAUAAAUAAUCCUGACAAUUUUGUUGAGAGAACUCCCAAAACUGAAGUGAGGCAGAAUUAUUUCUUCAGUUACAUUAUUAUCAAAUCAAAUGUGUUGCAGGCUGGCAUGAAGUACAAAAUAUCCGUUAUUGCAAGUAGUAGUGCAUCUAGCGUUCCUGGAAUGGGUGCAAUCGAAUUUAAGGUGCCGGCCGGUGUAACGUCUUGUCUCCUGCAAGUACCAAUGCAGUACAAAUAUCUUGAAUCGAUCAAAAUAUCGGUGAGUGAAUGCGAAACUGAUAGCAAUGCCUAUCCUUUCCAAUAUCAGUUCUUCUCCAACGCUCCUGAUGGACAAAAAACACAUCUUAAUGUCCGGAGUACACAACCAAGUGUGACCGUAUCUGGACCACGGACAGCCGGUAAAGAUACGAUGAAGUUUUCUGUGGAGGUCUGCAACAGUUAUGGCAUGUGUCAGACUUAUAUCAGCGACGAUGUCAACGUUACAGUCAUUGACAAUGCAGAACUACAACAAAGAAAAACCGAAAUAUUAGAAAACGUGGACGACUUACUUAAGACACAAAACUAUUUCGACGCUUUAUUGUCAUUGGUUGGUAUCCUUGGAAUCCAAGACAAUGCCCGCAAAAAGAGAUCAGCUGAACAAGAAAUAACAAUGAGCCAGGAUGUGAUCAAAGCCAUCGAUGCUUGGGAAAUGACCGUAUUGAAACCGCUAUCUACAGAAGAGACCAUAAUUCUUAGCUCUACAAUAGUUAAACUGGACGAUGAACAAUACAACGACGUUUUUCUUAAAAAAUUUAUUACUAAUUUAGACUCCUUGAUAAAAAGCUUCAAAUUAAACCAGCAAAGCAUGCCAAACAGUAUUUUUACAUCAAGCGUCAACAAAGCCUUAUUAGCAGCAAGCCGAAACUGCAGUUCAGAAUUAUCCCAGAAUAUUCUUAACAGUAUUUUUGAAUUUGCUGGUUCUAAAACAAGUCCGAAGAAUCUCAAAUCUACACACCUCAACAUGUUUACGACAACAUCUAUGUUAAAUCAGCCGUUGACGAGUACACAGACAGAAAAAGUCACUUUCACUCCCGGAAAAACAUUAGAGAAAAGAUAUUUCGACUGGUCGUGUAGUGAUAGCGUGAAAUGUCAAGGUGCUGUAGCACAAAUAUCGCAGAUCGUCAACGGAACCAGUGUGUUUCCUUUGAAUGACACAAAAACCGAGGUAGCUUCUGAUGUGAUUGAUUUGUCACUCUAUAAUCCCAAUUCAGGAUUAUUGGAAAAAGUUUCAAACCUAGACAUUCCUGUAGUAUUUGAAAUACAACUUGACGAAAUAUCAGCAAAUAAAAUAUAUAAAUGCUUCACCUGGGACUCUGGCAAAUCUACAUGGGAAGACUUAGACGCAGCCAAGACAAAUCAAAGCAGUGCCAAAGUACAGUGUCAAACAAAUCAUUUGACAAAGUUUCUAGUUGGACAACAAUCAAAAAUUAGUCAAGGUUCCAGCGUUUCCGGCUCCACCUCUUUGAUUGGGGCUAUCGUUGGUAGCGUGAUUGGUGUCAUUAUUCUUGCAAUUGUUGGUGUGGCAUUGGCGAAAUAUUUGAAAGACAGGAGCAACAGAGUGGUUCCUUUCGAGGGCACAAAUGCCCAAAACACAGCAUAACGAAAAAAUAAAUAAUAGCAACACAAAAAGACAAUGGAAUUCUGAAGUUAAAGAACACAAAAUACUGAAUAAUCCCAGAAUAUACAAAGUUUGAUGCAACACUUUCACAGAAUGUUUUCACAUUUGAAUCUUUUUUUCCCCAAAAGUCUCCUCCGUUCCUCAUCGAAACAAGGAACGGUUGAUAAUGUAUAUGAUGAUAUAUAUUUACCGGUGUAGAUACAAAGAUUCAAUGUUUAAAAUAUUAUUGAAUUCUCACUUCAUUUAACUUUUUUCUAUUUUACUUCAUAUUUUCAAAACAAUUAUUUAAAUUUAAAAACAAAAAAAAAUGAUUGGUUAGUUUGAUUGAAUUUGGGUAGAUUUGUUAAAUGGUUGAUUGAUAAAAUCUUUCAAUAUAUUUUUCGGGCAUUAUAAUAAUAAUAAUAAUAAUAAUAAUAAUAAUAAUAAUAAUAAUAAUAAUAAUAAUAACAACAACAAAUAGGGGCUGCAGUAAGGGUAGAUCACUUGCAGAAAACUGCACUGCUUGAAACUGCUCGAAUACUCCGGGUGGUGCUCGAAAAAUAAGGGGUGUUACCUUAGUUCACUGGUAGUGAACAGCUAGCACCAUAUUACAUCUCUAGCGUUAGAAGUUGUGCAAAGACAACAACAACAAUAAUAAUAAUAAUAAUAAUAAUAAUAAUAAUAAUAAUAAUAAUAAUAAUAAUAAUAAUAAUAAUAAUAACAACAACAACAACAACAGUGUCAGCAACGACUAAUAAAUGAUGCACUGGGUAUGUGAACAAAAUUUAAAAGUCGUGUGAGGAAUUAUGAUUUGCAUAGAAUAACCUUGAUAGAUAACCAACCUAAAUUCGAUGCAAUGCACUUUCGAAAAAAAAUUUUGGGAAAAAAAGAUCAUCGCCCAAUACGAAGACAUCUCAAUCUGCACGAAACGCAACGAUCGCCAUCCAAUAUCAUCAGACAAAACUUUGCAGCUAACAACAAUGUGUAACAAACGAAAUACUGAAGCAACACCAGAAAUAAGAUAUAAAAAUACAAAAGCAAUUUAGACAUAGCGAAAUAAUACCAGCAAACAACACAAAUCUUAGAGACCACGGAGAUUAGAUAUAGUGUGGCAUUAAAAAUAUCGCAUAAAACAGAUAAUAAUAAUAAUAAUAAUAAUAAUAAUAAUAAUAAUAAUAAUAAUAAUAAUAGUAGCAGUAGUAGUAGUAG